GUUAGAGCGUCGCAAAUGGGAAGCACACGCCACGGUGGAAAAGCGAAUACUCUCUAGGUUACUUCUAAUUAUACCAUGGCUUCCACGUCGAUUCCGUGUUUGUGGAUUACAUUUUGCCUUCAUUUAUUUUGUUACAUGGACACUGGAAAAGCACAGAAUGCGAAAGAAGUGAUUCUGUUGGAUUCCAAGGCGCAGCAGACAGAACUGGAGUGGAUUUCGUAUCCUCCAAGUGGGUGGGAGGAAAUCAGCGGGUUGGAUGAGAACUACACUCCAAUACGCACAUACCAAGUGUGUCAGGUCAUGGAGCCAAAUCAGAAUAACUGGCUUCGGACUAACUGGAUUGAGAAGGGCGAUGCCCAAAGGAUUUUUGUGGAACUGAAGUUCACCUUGAGGGAUUGUAACAGCCUACCUGGAGUGGUUGGGACUUGCAAGGAAACGUUCAACUUGUACUACCAGGAAACCGAUUCGGAAGUUGGCAGGAAUAUACGAGAGAGCCAAUACGUGAAAAUUGACACAAUUGCUGCAGAUGAAAGCUUCACUCAAGGGGACCUGGGGGAAAGGAAGAUGAAGCUGAAUACUGAAGUGCGCAUAAUUGGUCCCCUGUCCAGACGAGGGUUCUACCUGGCCUUCCAGGACGUCGGGGCGUGCAUCGCUCUGGUCUCUGUCAAAGUUUAUUACAAGAAGUGCUGGUCCAUCAUCGAGAACCUGGCCACGUUCCCAGACACUGUGACUGGGUCCGAGUUCUCCUCCCUGGUCGAGGUCGAGGGCACGUGUGUAAGUGAUGCCGAGGAGGAGGCCGACAAUUCUCCCAAGAUGCACUGCAGUGCUGAGGGAGAAUGGCUGGUGCCCAUUGGGAAAUGUAUAUGCAAAGCAGGAUUUCAUCAGAAGGGCGAUGCAUGUGAACCCUGUGGCCGUGGGUUCUACAAGUCAUCGUCCCAGGACUUGCAGUGCUCCCGCUGCCCAGCACACAGCUUCAACGACCGGGAGGGAUCCGGCCGCUGCGACUGUGAGGACGGAUACUACCGGGCUCCCAUUGACCCUCCGUCUGUAGCCUGUACCCGACCUCCCUCGGCGCCACAGAACCUGGUCUACAACAUCAACCAGACCACCGUCAGCCUGGAGUGGAGUCCGCCGGCCGACACCGGGGGUCGGAACGACGUCACCUACAGGAUUAUGUGCCGGCGGUGCAGCUGGGAGCCGGAGGAGUGCGUGGCGUGCGGAGGCCACGUGGGGUUCUCACCCCAGCAGGCAGGAUUAGUGGACACCUAUGUGACGGUGAUGGACCUCCUGGCUCACGCCAACUACACCUUCGAGGUGGAGGCGGUCAACGGCGUCUCGGACCUCAGCCGUACGCAGCGUCUCUUCGCCGCGGUCAGCAUCGCCACCAGUCAAGCAGCUCCGUCCCAAGUCAGCGAAGUCAUCAAGGAGCGCGUGCAGCAGCGGAGCAUCCAGCUGUCCUGGCAGGAGCCGGAACAGCCCAACGGCGUCAUCACCGAAUAUGAGAUCAAGUACUAUGAGAAAGAACAGAAGGACCGGAUCUACUCAACGGUGAAGUCUAAGUUGACGUCAGCCACGGUCAACAACCUGAAGCCCAGCACGUCCUACGUGUUCCAGAUCAGGGCUUUCACCGCAGCAGGCUACGGAACGUACGGGCCUCGGCUGGAAAUCACCACCAAGGAGGAGGCCACAGCCGCGACGGUCUCCAGCGAGCAGAACCCCGUCAUCAUCAUUGCGGUGGUGGCUGUGGCAGGGACCAUCAUCCUGGUAUUCAUGGUGUUUGGCUUCAUCAUUGGGAGAAGGCACUGUGGCUACAGCAAAGCGGAUCAAGAGGGGGAUGAGGAGCUGUAUUUCCAAUUUAAAUUUCCAGGCACCAAAACAUACAUUGACCCUGAAACCUACGAGGACCCGAACAGGGCUGUCCAUCAAUUUGCCAAGGAGCUGGAUGCGUCCUGCAUUAAGAUUGAGCGAGUUAUUGGAGCAGGAGAGUUUGGAGAGGUGUGCAGCGGCCGCUUGAAGCUGCCGGGGAAGAGGGACGUGUCGGUGGCCAUUAAAACCCUGAAAGUAGGCUACACAGACAAACAACGGAGGGACUUCCUGUGUGAGGCCAGCAUCAUGGGUCAGUUUGACCAUCCCAACGUGGUCCAUCUGGAAGGAGUGGUCACCAGAGGGAAACCAGUCAUGAUUGUGAUUGAAUACAUGGAGAAUGGCUCGCUAGAUGGUUUCCUCAGGAAACACGACGGUCAGUUCACAGUCAUCCAGUUGGUUGGCAUGCUGCGCGGCAUAGCGGCAGGGAUGAGAUACCUCUCAGACAUGGGAUACGUCCAUCGAGAUUUGGCUGCUCGAAACAUCCUUGUCAACAGCAACCUCGUAUGUAAAGUGUCUGACUUCGGUCUGUCAAGAGUGAUCGACGACGAUGCAGAGGCUGUCUACACGACGACGGGGAAGAUGCAGGAUAUAAUGAAUUUGAUCUUUACUCCCGCCACUGACCUGCGUUUUACUGAACAGGGCGGAAAAAUUCCAGUCCGAUGGACUGCAACGGAAGCCAUCCAGUAUCGUAAAUUCACUUCCGCAAGUGAUGUGUGGAGUUAUGGCAUUGUCAUGUGGGAAGUCAUGUCCUAUGGAGAACGGCCUUACUGGGACAUGUCCAAUCAAGAUGUUAUAAAAGCCAUAGAAGAAGGCUAUCGCCUUCCUGCCCCUAUGGACUGUCCUCCUGGUCUACACCAGCUUAUGCUGGACUGCUGGCAGAAAGACAGAGCUGAUCGACCUAAAUUUGAUCAAAUAGUGGGCAUCCUGGAUAAGAUGAUUCGUAACCCCAAUACCUUGAAAACCCCAGUAGGGACCUGUACGAGACCGAUCAGUCCACUGUUGGACCAGAGUACACCAGACUUCACCUCAUUCCGCUCUGUAGGGGAGUGGUUGGAAGCCAUCAAGAUGGACAGAUACAGGGACAACUUCACAGCGGCAGGCUACGGCUCGCUGGAGUCUGUGGCCAGGAUGUCUAUUGAGGAUGUGAUGAGUUUGGGGAUCACUUUAGUGGGUCAUCAAAAGAAGAUCAUGAGCAGCAUACAGACUAUGAGAGCCCAGGUGUUGCAUCUUCACGGCACGGGCAUCCAGGUGUGACAGACGUCAUGGCCCACGGUGGACUGGGCAACAGAGCUAUCUAUAGCAGCGCUAGGGCCGGAACUAGGGUCAUCAUCGAAGGUCAAAAGAUUCCUGUGUCUGAAUCUUCCGGAUGUCCGGAUUGAAAUCAUUCCCCUGUUCCCUGGCAAAGAACUGUAGUUCCUGUUUAAAAUGGGUGCUAAUGAGAGAGAGAAAGGGCCAUACUACCUGGACGAUUCGUGAAAGCUCUUCGGAACUCUCGACCACAUAACAAAUGGAAAUGGCACGUUGGAAAGGAGUUGAAUUCUUAUUACCUUGUUGUUUUACCUUUGUGAAUGAUUUAGUUGCACACCGUCAAUGGAUUAAAAAAAAAAAAAAAAAAAAAAA